AUGAAUAGAUAUACCACAUUCACGAUAAUCGUAACUGGUUGUGUUCUCCUCCUAGUAACCCUUGUUAGUCUAGAGUAGACUCCUAGUUUCCUUACAUAUCGACCAAAGGAAUAUGAUGUGACGUAUAGAUUUGAAGCACUCUAGUCUUAUAACCCAGAUUGACAAUUGUGAUUAAACAGUGUUCCUUGAAGUAUUUAUAUUACUUUAUAUUAGGGUCUUUGCCAAGGAGGAAAUUGGGCUCACAUAUUUACAUAAACUCUUUACUUGAGUAAUUGUCUAAGAUCGUCAUCCAAAUAACCUCGUCUUUCAGCAGAAGAAUUGUUAUAAUGUACAAAAUGGGAUGAAGAUAAAUGUUCUGCUACACCAAAGUCUAUGAAAAUUGUUAAUAGUAUUAAGAAGUAUCACUAAAAUUAACAAACUAAACUAGUUUUUUGAUAGAGAAUGGUCUUAGUACAAAUAAAUGUCUUUCAUAUAAAUAGACAGUCAAUUUCAACUUAAAAAAUAAAUGUCCAAUCAGAUGUGAUGAUUUGAGUUUCAAGAAAUCAGAAUUAAGAGCUAAAGAUCUUUUGGAACUUACAUCAACAUAAGACAUACAAGAUCAUAUUAUAAAUAAAGGUCCUGUUGUAAUGGCAUUGAAAUGUAAUAAUGAUUAUCUUUUAUAAUAAUAGAUGGUUCAAGUUUGAAUGAAUAUUCAAGUGGACUUUAUACUAUAAAGAAUGAUGAUUAAGAUUUUGGCAUAAGAUUUCUUAUGAUUGUAGGUUGGCAUACAGAAAUAGAUGGUAAAAUAACAUGGAAAUCAUUGAAUUCUUUUGGUACUUAAUAUGGAGUAGAUGGUAGAGUCAAUGUAGGAGAGAAGAACCAAUAUAUAUUGGGAUACUUUGGAUUUGAUAUCUGAA